CAUCUCUUGCACCACUCCUUCAGUAACAAUGGCCAUCGAUAUGACCAUCGUCCUCAUUGUUUUCUCUUUCAUUAUCUCCAUUUACUUCAUAUUUAUCAGAAAAUCCAACAGUUCGAAGGCUCUAAACCUGCCACCAGGCCCACCAACGCUACCCAUCAUCGGAAACCUCCACCAGAUUGGUCUAGAACUGCCACAUCGAGCUUUCCGCAGCUUGUCCAAGAAAUAUGGUCCCAUCAUGAGCCUGCAACUCGGCCAGAUCUCCAUGAUCGUCGUCUCUUCCCCAAAGUUAGCUGAAGAAGUGCUAAAAACCAACGACCUCGCUCUUGCAAGCAGACCAUAUGCACUUCUUGCCGAUAUUCUGUUGUAUGGAGGCAUCGACAUCGCUUUUGGUCGUUACAGUGAUUACUGGAGACAAAUGAAGAAGAUUGUCACCAUGGAACUCUUAAGUGUCAAAAAAGUCCAAUCCUUCAUGGGUUUUCGAGCUGAAGAGAUCGAUCGUUUCACGGAGGUCGUUCAAUCCAGCGUUGGAAAGCCUGUACAUAUACGUCAAAGGGUUAUGUAUAUGAAUAAUACUGUGGUGUGCAAGUGUUUGUUUGGGAAUAACUGCAGACAACAGGACGUAUUGAUCGAGUUGGUGGAACAAGUGGUGGCACUAUCGAGUGGGUUUUAUAUUGCAGACCUGUUUCCUAAGUUAAGCUUUCUUUCAGUCAUUUCUGGAAUGAAAUCGACUUUGAAUCAUAUUCACGAGACUCUUGAUAAAAUCUUCAACGAAAUAUUUGAGGAUCGUAGAAUCAAAAGACAAACAACUGGACCUACGGAAGAUGAUCUCGUUGACGUUCUUUUCAACAUCAAAGAGCGUGGUGGUCUUCGGUUCCCGGUCACGGACAACAAUAUCAAGGCCAUCUUUCUGAAUAUGCUUAUCGGAGGCACUGAUACAAGUGUUGUGACAAUUGAAUGGGCAAUGACAGAGUUAAUGAAAAACCCUGAUGUGAUGAAGAAGGCACAAGCUGAAGUGAGAGAAGUAUUCAAGGGAAAAAAAACAGUGCUAGAGAGUGAAUUGAAUGGUUUGGUUUACCUUAAACACAUAAUCAAAGAAACACUAAGGCUUCACAUUACUAUUCCAUUAUUACUCCCAAGGGAAUGUAUGGAGCAGUGUCAAGUUGGUGGUUAUGAUAUCCCGAAGAAAAUGAAAGUAAUUGUUAAUGGUCUUGCAUGCGGAACUGAUCCCGAGUAUUGGGAUGAUCCAGAAACCUUCAAACCAGAGAGAUUUGAGAAGACUUCGUAUGAUUUCUUCGGUACAAGCCCUGAGUAUAUCCCGUUUGGAGGAGGAAGGAGAAUUUGUCCUGGGAUUGCUUUUGGUUUGGUCUCUAUUGAGCUCACUCUUGCUAGAUUGCUAUUCCACUUCAACUGGGAACUUCCUAAUGGAAUGACCCCUAAAGAUAUUGACAUGACUGAGAGUCAUGGAGUCACUGCAAUUAAGAAAUCUUCCUUGGAGGUAAUCCCGACUGUUUUUAUUCCGUUUUCAUGAGCAAUGUGUUACAAACAAGAAAGAGUAAAGGUCAUUUAGCCUUGAAGAAGAAACCGACCAAUAUUUAUCGAUCUUUUACAACGUUUUGUAUUUGUUGGCUUGUUACCAUUUCGGUUUGUAAUUGUUUAGCCAAAUAUAUGGUUUGAAAUUGAAUGGUAGCCAAAUAUUGAUCUCAUGCAUAAGAGGUCGAGCUCAUUAAUUAGGUAUACUAUUUUUGUUUAUGUACUUUAAAAAGGAAAUAAAAGUAACGCAAAAGCUUGGCCACA